GUUGAGUCGCACAAGAAAGCAUAUUAUUGUUAUGACGACAAAGACCUUAACGACCUUAUACGUAAAAAUUCUCCGAACUCAUACACCAUUCAGAGGUUUAAAGGCUUGGGGGAAAUGAUGCCUGCGCAGCUGUGGGAAACGACCUUAAAUCCAGAAACGAGAUUGCUAAAGCAAUUAAGGGUAGAUGAUGUGGCCGAGGCUAAUAUUGUCUUUUCGUCUCUCAUGGGAUCCCGA